CACCUCCACCUUCGCCCAUGCAUGCGAAGCAGCAGCGCUCCCAUUACUUCCCAAUUACUCCACUCGCUCCCACCCUCUUCCACCCUCCUCCCUUCAAUUGUCAUUCUCAGUCCACCACUCGAGCCUAGCACUAGCAUCAAUUUCACCAACCUUCUAUUCGUGUCCGGUAAUCUUCUCUCCGCUCCGCGUUUCUUGGCUCGCCCUGCAAUUUUCAUCGCACUCGCACCAACCACCGCCAUCGGCUGCUCCACCCUUUUAUCGAUCUUUCUUUAUCUCUCUCGUCUCGCCAUAAUCCUGAAUUUUCAUCGCGCCGACACCGACCGAACCAUCCACCGCCCCUCACUUUCCCAGCAAGCAAAUCUAAUCUUUGCAACCACAUUGUUGCACCCGAUCGCCCACCCGGAUCAACCUCCUCCUCGCCCCUCUCUUUCCAGCGCUGCCGUGUCCGGCAUCUUGGCUGUUUGCGCGGCAGAAUCCGAUGAUCUUUGCCGUCUGAUUGCUCGGGGCCCGGUCAGAGAUCCACCGGUACGAGGGGAGCGAGCAAGAAGCUGCAGCCUUUGCUCGGGCAGCUCCCUCCCGUAGAUGUCGGACUCGGAGCUGUCCCGGAGCACGGUGGUGUUCGGGCUCCGCGUGUGGGUGCUCGUCGGCAUCGCCGUCGGCGCCGGCUUCGUGCUGCUCAUGGCCCUCAUCUCCGUCCUCUGCUACCUCGCUUCACGGCGGCGGCCAACCACCCCCGCACACCACCUCCCCACGUCCGCGCUUCCGAGUAAGAAUGCCAGGAAGGUCAACGCGCCCGAGGGCACCCAAGAAGCCCCCUCCCACGCCGCCGCGAAGAUGCCGCUCGCGCGGGUGCUCCAGUCCCCCAUGUCGUCGCCGCCGGCCGUCAAGGAGCGGUGCAUGACGUACCCGGAGCAGGCCCCGCACCACAGCCACCGGAGCAGCGGGAUGCCGUCGUCGCAGGGCAGCACCAGCGAGAGCGGGGACGGCGCGGCCCCGGCGGACCGCGCGCCGAAGGCGGUGCCGGAGGUGUCCCACCUCGGGUGGGGCCACUGGUACACGCUCAAAGAGCUAGAGGCGGCGACGGAGAUGUUCGCCGACGAGAACGUGAUCGGCGAGGGCGGGUACGGGAUCGUGUACCACGGCGUGCUCGAGGACGGCACGCAGGUCGGCGUGAAGAACUUGCUUAACAACAGGGGCCAGGCGGAGAAAGAAUUCAAGGUCGAGGUCGAAGCAAUUGGCCGUGUUCGGCACAAGAACCUGGUGCGCCUUCUAGGAUACUGUGCCGAGGGGAAUCAGAGGAUGCUUGUGUACGAGUAUGUUGAUAACGGCAACUUGGAACAAUGGCUCCACGGGGAUGUUGGACCUGUAAGUCCCCUUACAUGGGAACACAGGAUGAGGAUCAUACUAGGAACAGCAAAAGGGUUAAUGUAUUUGCAUGAGGGGCUUGAGCCGAAGGUGGUUCACCGGGACGUCAAGGCAAGCAACAUCCUUCUUGAUAAGCACUGGAAUGCUAAGCUCUCCGAUUUCGGACUUGCGAAACUCUUAGGCCCGGAGCGAAGUUACGUGACUACACGAGUUAUGGGAACUUUCGGGUACGUUGCUCCGGAGUAUGCGGGGACUGGGAUGUUAAAUGAAACAAGCGAUGUAUAUAGUUUUGGGAUUCUUAUCAUGGAAAUAAUAUCUGGUAGAGUACCAGUGGAUUAUAACAGGCCACCCGGCGAGGUACACUUAGUUGAUUGGCUGAAGACAAUGGUGAGCACCCGAAACUCCGAGGGGGUUGUGGAUCCAAAGAUGCACCAGAAGCCUGCCUCUAGAGCAGUGAAGAAAGCUUUGCUCGUGGCAUUGCGAUGUGUGGACCCUGAUGCUUCCAAGAGGCCAAAGAUUGGACAUAUCAUUCACAUGCUUGAAGUUGACGAUUUCCCCUACAACAGAGAUGAACGUCGAGGCGGUAGAGCUCCAACGAAGGCAAGGUUGCCCGGGAAACCGACUAACGGAACAGGUGAUGGUGAAAUUGACAACAUUGGGGACAACUACGACCAACCUUUCAGAUGGAAAAAUACAGUGGCCUAGGUAUUUGUUCAGUUACCAAAUCAUACAGAAGCCCAUGUUGUAAAUAGGGUUAGUACCCAAUGAAGCCACAAACUGUCAUUAUUUUGGUGUCAGUCAUGGAGAACAUCACAUUGUAUGUAUAUGUCAUCAAAGGAACGUGGUAGCGGUAGUAGUAAUCCCUGAUUAUUUAUCCAACUGGAGAUGUUUUUA